ACCACUGCACUUCUGCCUGGGCAAAAAGAGCAAGACUCUGUCUCAAAAAAUAAAAAAUAAAAAAGAAUAAACAACCAGAUCUGCCUGUGUUCUCUACUACCUCAUACUACCUUCUGCUUAUCUAAGGUAAAUAAAAUAUAUGGGCUUAUAUCAACUCUGUGUGCACAUGUGUACAUGUGUAUAUACGAUUGCAAAUGCAUAGAAAAGGACACAUUCCAGUCUUUAAGACUGUUUAUUUCAGGGUAGUAGAACUUGGUGAAAGAAUUCUAUAUUCCUCUCUACUUUUUGGAUUUUAAAAAAUGGUUCUGAAGAGAAGUAAUAGUACAAGGUAAAUUGUGACUGAGGGUGAAAGGUGGGACUCAUACAGUACAUGACAUGUGAGCGGGCAGGAGGAACAGGGUGAGCUGAAAUGGAUAAAGAAGACUUCAGAGAGGAUGUGAGAUUUGAAUCAAGCUGCAGAGAUUGGGUAGGGUUUGAAUAAGGGAAGAAGGCAAGACCAAGCUCAUGGCACAGGGAUGAGAAACGCCUGAUUAGAAUAGUGAAGAGAAAAACCUGACUGGAGGUGAGAGUUUUUGCUUGUGGAAUAGAGGAAACCAAGAGUGGAGCCAGACAACAGAAGCUAAAGGUCUGACUGGUUUUAAACUGUGCUUGAGAGUUUGGGAAUUCAUCCAAUUAGUGAGGAGCCAUAGAUGGUGUCAGCGGAGGUGAGGGUCGUGGGAUGUAUGAUGAUAAAGGCACGUUUGUAUUAUGUGCUGCUUAGUCUUCACCUACGUGCCUAUCCUUGUUAAAGAUAAUCCUUCCAUGAGGAUGAUGGUAGAUUUGGGGGUGUUGAGCUUGCUGAGGCUCUAGGAGGAACAACUUUAAAAUGCAGAUGCAUUUUUUAAGGUAAGAUUUAUUAUACUAAUUAUAUACGUGGCAUAUACAUUGAGGUUGUGAUCCUGAAUGGAAGAUUAGGAACUCUAUGUUUGUGACCAGGAGGGCAGGAUUACAAAAAACUGGGGAAGCCUUUUGGAGACACUGGGUUCAAAGAACUCAGGUAUGCUGGUGCAAGGAUCUGGGUAUUAAGGCCAGCAGAUAAAAGCAAAAUCAGGUGAAUGAAAGCAAAAAUGAACCCAGAGUAUACAGAGAAAAUAGGGAAAUUUAUAUUUGGGAAACUGUGUAAAGAUUUGAAACACCACAUCCCAGAAAUGAAUUUUUCUGGGCAGAGUUCUAAGAUUCAGCUGCAUUGUCUUUGAAUAGAAAAACUUUGACUUGAAACCAAGUGGCACAGGUGGUAAAUAAGAAAAAGACAUUUUUCGGACCCUAGAAGAUUGAAAAAAACAAGAAAGUGUGAGUGGCUGUUUCAUCCUUUGAAUCCAUGGUAUGUUUAUUCAGUAAUGUGAGUACAUAUUCUGAAUUUAGCUAUUUGAUAUUUGUACCACAAAACUUUCUUACCCUAGAACAAAUUCAGCAGACCGUGUUUCAGGCCAUGAUGAUCUCUUCCCUGGAUGAUUGUCAUAGCAUCCCUCUCUGCCUCCACUUAACCCCAAGGUCAUUGACACAGCAGCUAGAGUUAUGCUUUUGUAUUAAAUGUAAGUAAAAUUUUGUUACCGCUUGGCUCAAAAAUCCCCAAUGGUUUCCAAAUUUCAUUGAGUACAAGCUAGAGCCCUUACCACUGCCUUUCAUGAUCAGUUCCCAAGCUCCCUGCUUUAUCUCCUGUCAAUUUCCCUUUUGUUUUCUUUGUUCCAGUCAUUGUUCAACUAGCUAUUACCUGAAGAAUCCAGGUGUGUUCCCAUCUGCACAAAUUUGCACUUGCAGUUCCCUUUGCAUGGAACAGUCUUUCUCCAGAUAGCCAUGUGACUUGCUCCUCACUUCCUUCAGAUCUCGGGGUUUCCAGAAGAAAAGAUCAAGGGAGAAUUAUCAAGAAUAGAUUCUUUUUCUGAAUAGUUAAACCUUUGAUGGCCAUAACCUUGACCCUUCAGACUGCAGAGAUGCAGGAACGACUUCUGGCAGUGAAGGUAAAGGAGGAAGAGGAGGAACAUUCCUGUGGGCCAGAAUCAGGCCUGUCAAGAAAUAACCCUCAUACCAGAGAGAUCUUUCGUAGACGCUUCAGACAGUUCUGCUAUCAGGAGACCCCUGGGCCCCGGGAGGCUCUUCGAAGACUCCAGGAGCUCUGCCAUCAGUGGCUGAGACCAGAGAUGCACACCAAGGAGCAGAUCCUAGAGCUGCUGGUGCUGGAGCAGUUCCUGAGUAUCCUGCCCGAGGAGCUCCAGGCCUGGGUCAGACAGCACCGUCCUGUGAGUGGAGAGGAGGCAGUGACUGUGCUGGAGGAUUUGGAGAGAGAGCUGGAUGAACCAGGAGAGCAGGUCCUGAGCCAUGCUCAUGAACAGGAAGAGUUUGUAAAGGAGAAGGCAACUCCAGGAGCAGCUCAGGAGUCAUCAAAUGACCAAUUCCAAACCUUGGAAGAGCAACUUCGGUAUAAUUUGCGAGAGGUGUGCCCAGUUCAGGAGAUUGAUGGCAAGGCUGGGACUUGGAAUGUGGAGUUAGCCCCAAAGAGGGAGAUUUCUCAGGAAGUGAAAUCUCUUGUACAAGUUCCUGGAAAACUGAAUGGUAAUAUUACUCAGAUGCCUGAGUAUGAAGCUAUCUGUGACCACGAGGGCAGAUUGGAAAAGCAAAGGGUGAGCUCUUCAGUGGAGAGACCCUAUAUCUGUAAUGAAUGUGGAAAAAGCUUCACCCAGAAUUCCAUCCUUAUUGAGCACCAGAGAACACACACAGGUGAGAAGCCUUAUGAAUGUGACGAGUGUGGGCGGGCCUUCAGCCAGCGGUCAGGCCUAUUCCAGCACCAGAGACUCCACACUGGGGAGAAGCGCUACCAGUGCAGUGUUUGUGGCAAAGCCUUCAGCCAGAAUGCCGGGCUUUUCCAUCACCUCAGAAUUCACACUGGGGAGAAACCUUACCAGUGCAAUCAGUGCAAUAAGAGUUUUAGUCGACGUUCAGUCCUCAUUAAGCAUCAGAGAAUUCACACUGGAGAGAGACCUUAUGAAUGUGAAGAAUGUGGCAAGAACUUCAUUUACCAUUGCAACCUAAUCCAGCAUCGGAAAGUCCACCCUGUGGCUGAAUCAAGCUAGCUCCUUGGAACAGGUAGGGAAAAGUAUUUCUCACUUUGUCCCUGCUAUGUCCUCUAGCAUAGAGAGUUCAAGGGAAAGCCAGUAAAAAUUCCCUUAUUUUAUACAGAGAAGCAUAAUAUCUUAAAUACAUCUGCCAAGUUCUCUGAUCAGUGACAUCUACAGCUUUACGAUACUGAAUGUUGCCUCUUGUGUUAAUUUCAUCAUGUAUGCUGUAGACCUAGUUUCACACACAUCUGUGCAAGAAGUUUUCUAAGUAUAUUUCAGGAAAACUUCUUCAUCCUAGUUUUUAAAAACUUUAAAAAAAAAGUUUAAAAUAAUUCUAUGUAGGCUGAGUACAAAAUAAUCUCAAAGGGAAUUCACUGAGUAUUUAAAAAUUAAUUUAAAAAUAAUUGCAAUAAAAUUCAUAAUAUAGGUUUCCUGACUUCAUUCACAUAAAAUAUGAUAAUUUGCUUUUUAACCUACAAAAAGGAGCAGAUGAAUCCUCCUAUAUAAAUGUAGAUUUAUAGUAAGUUGGAUUUCUGUAGAUUUUUUAGUAAGUUAACCUUUAGGAACCAAGGAAUUGAAGCAGCCAUGUGUUAUUCGCAGCUCAGUGGCUCUUCGUAACAAAUAUUGCUCAUGAUUUUAAAUUUAUGCAGAGGCUAAGAAACUUAGCUAAAAAUCUGAUAUCUCGCUUCAGAUUUUUUAUUGGAAAAUAUAGGCCUAUGUAUUUUUCCCGUAACAUAUAAUGAGCAUUUUUUGUUUUUGCCUUUUUCUCCUUUAUUCAAUAUUUUGUAUGGAAAAUUUGAAACAUAUUCAAGAUUGAAGAGAAGAAGUAUGAUCACUCUUUCAUGUUGAUUGUUUUUAUAACCUCCACAUUUCUCAGCAUUUACUAUUGAUUACCACCAAGGUCAUACAUAAAAAAAUUUCUUUCCCUUAACAUUGACUUAGUAACUCUUUACAAAGCUUUAUACAAGGUCCAGGAGACAAAGAAAUGGAAAACCUAUGGUGAAAACAAUCUGGUUUGGAAUACACCCAAAUACCC